AUGGAGGCCGCCAACGAAAAGCCCGCUUGCGGUAGUGAUAAGGAUGGCGCCGAGUACGACUUCCCUUUGCACGUGGCGGCAGUCUUCAUCGUCUUCUUUGCCUCCAUUUUCGGUGCUGGUUUCCCAGUCGUGGCAAAGAAAGUCAAGUGGAUGAAGAUCCCACCCCCAGUCUUCUUCUUCUGCAAGCACUUUGGUACUGGUGUCCUGAUUGCCACUGCCUUUGUCCAUCUUCUCCCCACUGCCUUCGCCUCACUCAACGACCCCUGCCUUCCCGAUCUCUUUACCGAUGACUACCCCGCUCUUCCCGGUGUCAUCAUGAUGGGCUCGCUCUUCUGUCUCUUCGUUAUUGAGAUGUGGCUUCACGCAAAGACUGGCGGUCACAGCCACGGUGGUGCUACCGGCGAGGCUUUCAACGGUGCCCAGAGCUCAGGUGCUGGCAUUCAGGCCGCUUUCAACAACCCCAUUCGUCGCGUCGAGAGCUACGACUCACAAAAGACCAUGGCCAUGAACGAGAAGCGAGGAUGGACUGAGGAGUCAACAUACCCUGUCGACGGCUUCCCAUUCCCCAAGGGCGGCAGCGACGAACUCGAUGCCAAGUCGGAAAUGCCCGCAUGGUUCAUCGUCUUCUACGAGCAAUACGUUCGCCAGCGUGACGAGAUGAUCGCUACCAUCAACCGCGCCAUCCCCGCCCUUCCUAACCACCAGCACCAACAACAGCGAGAACAAUCCCCGGCUGCGGCCAACUCUUACUUCGACGAUGAUGUUGAGGCGGCUGUCGACCCUCUUGUGCUCAAGAAGAUGUCCAUGCAGAUCACACUUAUUGAAGGUGGUAUCCUCUUCCACUCGGUCUUCGUCGGCAUGACCAUCUCCAUUACCGCCGAGGGUUUCAUCAUCCUGCUCAUUGCCAUCGUCUUCCAUCAGAUGUUCGAGGGUCUCGGUCUGGGAACGCGUAUCGCCGAUGUUCCUUACCCCAAGACCAGCUGGAGGCCCUGGAUUCUCGUCGUUGCUUUCGGCAGCACUGCUCCCAUCGGCCAGGCUAUUGGACUUUUCACUCGUGGCUCUUACGAUCCCAACAGUGCUUUCGGUUUGAUCAUUGUGGGCGUGUUCAACGCCAUUUCCUCUGGUCUUCUAAUCUACGCCGCGCUUGUCGAUCUGUUGGCCGAGGAUUUCCUUUCCGAGGAGGCACAGCACACCAUGACUGGCAGCACCAAGACCAAGGCUUUCAUCUUCGUUCUCUUGGGCGCAGCUGGUAUGUCCAUUGUCGGAGCCUUCGCUUAA